AUGGACUCAGCACGACCAACUGACCACGAAGGAAGGGGGUGGCCGCGAGUGCAAGCAAAAGUGGAGCUCUCGCUGGUACCCCUGGAGGAGGCGUCCCGCCUCCUGUGCACCGCUUGCUACGACAACGAGCGGAACGCCAGCCGCUACCCCGCCAAGUCAUGCGAGGCAUGCGGCAAAGAGUCCAGUUCGCGGUGGCACCCAGGGGCCAACCCCGAUGCAAAGCUGUGCCACGCGUGCUAUGGUAAGAAGCAGAAGAAGGAACCCCCGCUCAAAGUAGAUAUGGUUGAGGAGGACGGCAAAACCGUAGGGUACGCGCGCCCCAACCCCCUGUCGGCCGUCAGAAGAUCUGCGGCGGCAGUGCGCGCUUCAGUAAACGAGGUGCAAGACGCCGCGGAAGCUCUGGGCAUCUCUUCGGGGGCUGCAAACCUUUUGGGGGGGUCAGGAGAGGCUGAGGAGCCUGAGGCGCCAGGACCCCCUAGUGAAGAUGCGGGCACUUUUCCAGGGGCUUCGAACCUUUUGGUGGGGGCGGAUGAGGCUGCUGGUGAUGGAACGACGGAGCCCCCCGGUGAUGCGGCUACGUUGCUGGCAUUGCCCACUUUGGGGGACCAAUCGGUAACAGCGCCUCAGGGGGUGCAAGAGAUGGCGGGGGGAGUGGAGAAAGCAGGGGAGGGAGAAUUGCAGAAAGAAGCGGACCUGAUCAUUCUGGGAGACUCGAGCCCGGCAGCUGGCCGGGCAACAGAGCCCGCCGUGGGUGUACUGGAACUGGCAGGAAAGCGCCAGACUCGGCAAAGCAGUCAGGGGGAGGCUGGGGGAGCGUCACCAAGGACUAGGGCGAAGCCCUCGGCUUCGGCAGGCGGAAAGCGGUCGCUGAGAUCCUCAAUGGAGGGUGCGGCGGAAGCAUCGGCAGAGGAGGACGGGCCCAAGAGAAAGCGCUCGCUUCGGGAGAUCCAUCAGGGGUCUCCAAAGCGUGCGCCGCCAAAGGUCCCCGCUGUAACGGCACGACUGCGCACCGACUUCUGGCUGCGCGCCAAACUUGCGGCCGCGCAUCGUCC